CUGUUCUCGGAUAAGCAGAUAAUGGAUCUCAUGAACGACAACAAUAAUUCACAAGACGGCGAUCAUCAUCAGAAGCACCGUGUCGGCGAUAAUGGAUUGGAAUCGAACAAGGAAGCUAUCUUCCCUAGCUAUGAUUUCCAACCUAUCCGCCCUAAUGCCUCCGUCGGAUUGUCUCACCACGCUUUAGAUCUCGCCGGAUCUGUUAAUUCCACGGCUGCUAGGGUUUGGGAUGCGUCUGAUCCUAAACCGGUUUCAGCUUCUUCCGCAAGAAGUUAUGGUUCUAUGGACUCUCUUGAACCUUCAAAGUUGUUUGCUGAGAAGGAUCGAAAUGCCCCUGAGUCAGCGAUUAUAUCUGCGAUUGAUCGGGCAAUGAAGGCACAUGCUGAUAACUUGUUACAUGUUAUGGAAGGUGUCAGUGCACGUUUAACGCAGCUGGAGACCAGAACCCGAAAUCUCGAGAACCUGGUUGAUGAUGUGAAAGUUUCUGUUGGGAACAGUCAUGGAAAAACUGAUGGGAAGUUGAGACAGCUUGAAAACAUCAUGUUAGAGGUGCAAAGCGGUGUGCAGUUGUUGAAGGACAAACAAGAAAUAGUUGAAGCGCAGCUUCAGCUUUCAAAGCUCCAGUUAUCAAAGGUAAACCAGCAGCCCGAGACACACUCUACACAUGUUGAACCCACUGCUCAGCCUCCCGCAUCACUGCCUCAGCCACCAGCUUCUGCUGCAGCUCCCCAAUCUCUUACUCAGCAGGGCCUCCCGCCACAACAAUUUAUCCAACCGCCCGCCUCACAGCACAGUCUCCCGCCACCUUCAUCUCAACUGUCUCAGCUUCCUAGCCAGUUCUCUCCCCAGCAAGAUCCUUAUUUCCCUCCACCUGGUCAGUCCCAGCCACCUCCAACAAACCAGCCUCCUUAUCAACCUCCUCCUCCAACCCAGUCACUGCAUCAACCACCUUACCAGUCACCUCCUCAACAGCCACAAUACCCGCAACAGCCACCUCCUCAGCUCCAACACCCGUCAGGCUACAACCCGGAGGAACCACCUUACACUCCGCAAUCUUACCCGCCAAACCCUCCUCGUCAACCACCUUCUCAUCCACCUCCUGGUUCCGCCCCAUCUCAACAAUACUACAACGGUCCUCCGACGCCACCAUCAAUGUACGAUGGAUCAGGCGGCAGAUCCAAUUCAGGUUUCCCUUCCGGGUAUUCCCCUGAACCGUACCCGUAUACUGGGCCACCUUCCUCACAGUAUGGAAACACCCCACCUGUGAAACCGCCACAUCAGAGUGGAAGUGCAUCUGGUGCGUACCCACAGCUCCCAAUGGCACGCCCAUUACCACAAGGUUUACCAAUGGCGUCAGCCAUCAGCAGCGGUGGAAGUGGUGGCUCCGGUUCCCCAAGAGCAGGAAACAGAGCCCCAGUGGAUGAUGUCAUUGACAAAGUGGUUAGCAUGGGGUUCCCAAGGGACCAAGUGAGAGGAACAGUGAGAACAUUGACAGAGAACGGUCAAGCUGUUGACCUCAAUGUUGUUUUAGAUAAGCUGAUGAAUGGAGAUAGAGGAGGUAUGAUGCAGCAGCAGCAGCAACCGCCAAGAGGUUGCUUGGCGAUGUCGUUGACGGAGCUAGACGACGGACUUGUGCGCAGGAUGGCCAUCGGCGCAGUCUUCUCUGAUUUCGGAGGGAAGAUACACUCGUUGGGCUUCCAUAGGACUGAUGAUCUAUUGGUUACAUCCAGCGAAGAUGAUUCACUUCGUCUCUUCGAUAUUGCCAACGCUAAACAGCUCAAGAUUACAUACCAUAAGAAACAUGGCACCGAUCGUGUAUGCUUUACCCAUCAUCCCAGCUCUCUAAUUUGCUCUUCUCGAUACAAUUUGGAGUCCACUGGUGAAUCCUUGAGAUAUCUCUCAAUGUAUGAUAAUCGGAUCCUUCGCUACUUUAAAGGGCAUAAAGACAGGGUUGUAUCGCUUUGUAUGUCUCCUAUUAAUGAUAGCUUCAUGUCUGGUUCUCUUGACCGAAGUGUCAGACUCUGGGAUCUUCGUGUAAAUGCCUGCCAGGGAAUUCUGCAUCUACGUGGUAGACCUGCAGUUGCGUAUGACCAACAAGGCCUCGUGUUUGCAAUUGCAAUGGAAGGAGGUGCUGUUAAAUUAUUUGAUUCGAGGUGUUAUGACAAGGGUCCCUUUGACACAUUUCUGGUGGGUGGGGAUACUGCUGAGGUUAACGAUAUAAAAUUCAGCAACGAUGGAAAAUCCAUGCUCCUCACGACUACAAAUAACAAUAUCUAUGUUCUUGAUGCAUAUCGUGGAGAGAAGAAAUGUGGUUUUAGUUUGGAGCCAUCUCAGGGCACACCCAUAGAAGCCACCUUCACACCAGAUGGCAAGUAUGUUCUGUCAGGAUCAGGUGAUGGAACCUUACAUGCGUGGAACAUCGAGAACCCAUCUGAGGUGGCGAGGUGGGAGAACAACAUAGGAGUAGUGUCGUGUCUGAAAUGGGCACCUCGUAGAGCCAUGUUCGUUGCUGCUUCUACGGUUCUUACAUUCUGGAUCCCCAACGACGGUGAGCCACCAUCCCCCGCGGAUCCUCCUGCCGACCAACAAGCUCUUUCUCAGUGACGACGUAUUUGUUUCCAUUAUGCACAAUUAGAAAAAAUGGAAGCAGUAGUAUGUUAAUCACACAAAACAAAGAUCUCUUAGAUUU